AGUUUUAGAACGAGGCUCCAUCAAUGUAAAGAAGACAAUUAUAGGAGGAUAUUUCAUUUCAUCUGCGGAGAUUCUCAGGCAAUGCAGGAGAUAUCUGUUAGAAAAAGACUCCAAGACGAAGAAAUUUGAGCAACGAGACGAUGACACAGAUUCCAUGUCACAUGAAGAGAGAGCUUUUGUUGAACAACACAUCGAUGAUGCAACUGCUGAUGAUCUUCAUACUAAUCUAUCUGCAUCUGCAAUCGAUGAUAGUGAUCCAGAGACGCUUUGUUACAAGCCCAAAAUAGGAGGAGCAGUGGCUCGCGAUGAAAAGAGAAGAAAAAAGGAGCAUCCUGAAAAUAUAUCUGUCGUAGUGUUCCCGAAACAUCAUAUGUGGAAUCAAACCGAAAGGAAGGGGUGGUUGACGAGUAUCUUCAAGAACUGCAACGAUUUUGCGCAGCCGUGUCUCCCUGCAUUGGAGCCUAUCAUGCAGAAUUUCGCAUUGAAUCACGCUGAGUUCAAGUAUUUCUACAUUAUAAACAGCUUGACUAACCAGGCCAAGCCCAGAUUUCAGGUCGAAAUGCCUGAGAAUGCAUUGAGGAAGUUUUUCAGCAUGAUAAUAGGAGUAGUGGCACCUAGGGAUUUAUUCGGAUCUCUUGGUAAUGUCAAGGCGAUACAGAAAGGAACUCUGAAUUACAUAUUUUCUAUCAGACGAGAAUUUUUCCAAAUUGGCAGUAUUACUGAAAAUUUGGAUCUAAAUGCGAUAGGAUGGCUAGAGAUUAUUGACGACAUGAAGACCAAAGCCCGCGUCAUGAAGACGUUCGUGAGUUGGUUCCUAAGCAAUUACAUCAAGAUCAUUGUCAACAACUAUUUCUACCAGGUGUCUAUGAAACAUGACCGUGAGCGGAUUCUGAUUCCUGUAAAGACGUGGAUCAAGUAUCGUGAUGAUUUUAUUCAUGAGUUGAUAGAUGGUACAGUACUUGAGGAGUCUUCAUAUCUUUCGAGUGAUGGUAUUCCACUAGCAUUUGUGAAAUUUCAUGUAAAAAGUGAUGGACUGCGGCCAAUUUACGAACCCAUACCAACCAACGAUCAGAAGAACGAAUCACUGACCCUCAAUCAAUUGCUCAAGCAGGCUUGGGCAUUGAAAUCUGAAGAUUUUCAUGAAAGUAAAUUGUACAGCUUUUGGGAACCAAUUGUUAAGGCUGGGAAGAAAAAUGGAAAACCGAUGUACUUUGUGACUGCUGAUGUUAGUGAUGCCUAUGGAUCCAUCAUUCAAGACAAAGUAUUGGAGAUGGUGCGGGGCAUAACAGAAAAACUCCCUGAGACGCUCACACUGACAACAUUCGACGUACUGGUCCCAAAGUACGGCUUUCAGUAUCUCAAACUUGAAAAGCAGUUCUAUGAUAAGUCUUUGCCACUUUUGUUUUCUUCUGGUAAGGUUGCUGCGUGCCAUGGUCAUUCUCCGAGUUCCAAACAUGUAACGUCGAAGAUGAUGGAAAGAAUAACGUGCUACGUGAUGAAUCAGACGGUAGUGAUCGGUAACACUGGAUACAGACUCAAUCGUGGGGUGGGUCAAGGUCUCAGUCUAUCAUCUAUUUUGGCCAACAUCUACUACGGGACAAUGGAGAUGGAAGAGUUCCAAGAAUUCAGACAGGACGGAUGGUUGGUAAGAUACGUUGAUGACUUCCUCUACGUCACUGAUAACAAAGAAUCUGCAGAAAGAUUCUUAGCCCGAAUCAGAGCAGGAAUUCCGAAGUAUAAUUGUUAUUUCAAACCUUCCAAAACUCAUACAAAUUUGUCACCAUUUUCUGAGACAAAUUUUACAUUUCUGGGAUUCAAGUUUAAUAUCGCCACUUUUGAAGUUCAGCCAGAUUAUUCAUCUCGAGUAACUCAGUUUAAUACAACUGUGGAAAUAGUUGAUGAAAGUGACGAAGCCAAGACCUUCAAUCGCAGACUCUUGAACAUGCAAGUGCUGAAGCUGAAUAAAAUUGUUCUCAACCGUUACAUCAAUUCGGAAGAACAAAUAAUCAAUACAAUGCUUGCUGCGGCCAAGCGUUUGGCUCACAAAUGCCGUAUUCUGGUAACUCACAUGCUCGUUCCAGAUCUCCUCAAUGGAUCAAUGAUCUGCGAUUCAAUUGGGGAAUCGAUAAGCAGACUCGCUGUAAUUUUCAGGAAACAUUGGGACAAAGAAAAUAAGCAAGUGUCCUUCCCAACACAGAGGAUAUGGCAGAAGUUCAUCGACGAGUUCCAGAGAUAUAAGAAAUUAGCUGAUCAACUAACACCAAUUCUAAGGAAGAAGAAAGAGAGCGUGAAGAAACCAAAGGUUUCGAGGAAACGCAAACGUAGUAUUACUGAUGAUGAGCAGAAUGAUCGACGAUUUAGGAUCAAAUUGUAGGAUGGUCCAUAUGUGUGACCUAUCCCCAUUGCAUCGUAGUAUUUUCCAAUGGCUAUUAUCAUGUUUCGAAUUCUGGCUGGUUACAGCUCGAUUUCAUUUCCUCCUUGAUAAUGCUCAUUUUGAUUGUGAUGAAUUUAUAACAGUUUCUGAAGUAUCUACAAUUUACUGACCAAUCUGUACCAAUUUUGUGGGCGCGUUUUCAUAAUCUGUUAACAUGAGUCCCACACAGAUAGCUCAUUUGAUUAGCGAUUCUAUGUGGAAGUUCAUUGAGAAAAGUAGAAAGCUGUGAUUGAAAAGAAUGUUUUGAAAAUUUUAAGAGGCUUAAAGACGACUUUGAAUGAGUAAAAACAUGCGUUUAUCAACAAAUUGAUUGAGUGACUGUUAUAACAUUUAUUUGAUUAAUAUUUUCUAGGAAUUAUGAGAUAGACGAUGGGCAUAAUAAAUUGUUUAGGGAGAUUCUGAGUUGCGGGAAUAUCAGGGGUUUGCUGUCAACAUCGGACUCUCAUUGUUUAUGGAAAUUUGGGACAUAGAUUGAUGCGUUGCUGAGGUAGAAGUUUCAUCGAGGUAUCAGAACUUUGAGAAAGAAUGAAUGGAUGAACAUAACAAAAAUGAAUGAAUAGCUGUUUUUAGUGUCGGUUGCCAGAGAAGGUGCCAAGAUUUUAAGUACCUGAGUAAGACUUUUAAAGACUUUCAGGCGAAUGAUGGGGAGGCUAAGAAAAACUGAUUUUGAGAUAAAUUUCUUUGGCCUGUGGAGAAUUGAAUGGCUGUGGGUACAGAGAUUAUGGGGUAAACUUUUUCAAUUUUUGUGGGUAGAAUCAUUCAGUUCAUGGAUGGUUAGCUGAUCUAUAGAAAUAGUAUAUUUUGGCUCUCCAUUAUUCCUCUGUUGAUUCCGUCAUUGUAUCAUUUAUUUCUUUGAGGAAAUCUCGGAAUAAUGAAGAAGAGCCUGCGGGAAUAAUUAAAUAAUUUUCUGUGUUAUCGGCAAUGAUGGUCUGCUUUUCCGAUUGAAGCCAUAUUAUAAUCAUAUUUUUUAGUUGAAUCGGAUUGAUUUAAUAAAAUUCAGAGAAUGAAUGCAGUAAGCCAUUAUACGUAGUUGAU